UAAUUCAUCGCCAGGAAGACGGAAGGAAGGAAGAAAGACUCCGUCGUGUCUUCUUUGGCAGCGGCGACCGACAGGUCAUGGAUCGGAACCAAUCCCACCCACUCGGAUUCUACUAACGACGACCGGGAAUCGGCUGUGAAUGGACUUCCGCCUGUAAAUAUCAGCGCCACUGCUCUCUCUCUCUCUCUCUCUCUCUCUCUCUCUCUCUCUAAUUCGACGACAGAGGAGAAAGCCAGGACAGAGAUCGGAAGCGAUCCGUAGUAGCCGAUAUUUUUCCGGUGUAAGAGUAUUCUGUUAGGUGUAAAGUGCAGAGGGAGAUGGCUGAUGAGGCAGUUGCAGAUGGUGUGCUGAAAGUGACUGUAGUGCAAGGAAAAAAACUCGUAGUCCGAGAUUUCACAAGCAGCGAUCCUUAUGUCAUUAUCAAGCUUGGAAAUCAGACUGUGAAGACCAAGGUUAUUAAUAGUUGCCUUAAUCCUGUUUGGAAUGAGGAAUUCACUUUCACCGUUAAGGAACCUCUAGGAGUUUUAAAGUUGGAGGUGUUUGACAAGGACCGGUUCAAGUCAGAUGACAAGAUGGGCCAUGCACAUCUCAACCUUCAAGCAAUUGAGACAGCAGCCAGGCUGAGGCGGGUCCUACAGGUUUCGGCAGGGGAGACGCAAUUAAGGAAGAUGGUCCCUUCUGACGACAAUUGCCUGGUGGGGGAAAGCUUUGUGAGUUGUGUUAAUGGUGAGAUUGUGCAGGAUGUCUGGUUGAAGCUUUGUGGCGUCGAGUCUGGCGAGCUGGAGUUGAAGAUUAGGUGGGUGGGUCAUCCUCGGGCUGGUUUGAGUUGAAUGCGGAUUCAGUGAGGCCGUGACUGUGGUGCCCACCUUGAUGUAUGUGUUGUAUAUGCACACCGUCCACCUGUUUUUCCAGCUCAUUUUAGGGCAUGGGCCCAAAAAUGAAGCAGAUCCAAAUCACAGGUGGACCACACCACAGGAAACAGUGGUGACUGAAUGCCCACCACUAAAAAAGUUUUGGAUCAAGCUGAUAUUUAUGUUUUCCCUUCAUCCGGGUCUUUGUGACCUUAUCAACAGGUUGUAUGGCAAAUAAACAUUACGGUGGGCCCUAAGAAGUUUUUAAUGGCAGGCAUUCAAUCACCACUGCUUCAUUUUUGGGCCCAUGCCCCAAAAUGAUGUUGCGAAACAGAUGAAUGGCAUGGAUAUACAACACAUACAUCAAGGUGGGCCCCAAUUCACAGCCUCACCGAAGUUUGUGUUUCCCCAGCAUCACGUCUGGCCAGCUGGAGUUGAAAAUUAGCCGGUGACCGUCCUCUUGCUGCUGCCUUGUAAAAUGAAUGUUGGGCCAUCCAUGGGCUUCCAUGGGCUUUUGGUAUGUAAAAAGAGAAGCUGUUUGAUUAUCCUGAGGUCAUCUUCUCAUCGUAGAUGUUUAAUCCAUGGCCCUUGAUCGUCUUGCUUAGCUCAGCAUUCUGUAGAGUGGCCCACUUUUCAGCGAUCCAGAUCGUUCAUCUGGCGGCCCACAUUUAAUCGGAAGAUUCUGCAUUGUAUAUGGGCCAACCCAUAUUUGUGUGAAUUGUGAACCAUCCAUUUGCUAGCCAACAAUAGGAUGGCUGGGACUGUCCAACAGGGGAUCUUAGCCAAAAGUAGGGCUUACCAGAUUAACGAUUCAGAUUCUUGAAGAUGCGUCCCACUCGUAGCUAGCAAUGUUCUUUUUUGAACUAAACACUUUUUAGAAAGAAAAAAAUGUAGUUAUUUUUA